AUGCGUGAAAAUGCGGAAAUGAUUUCGAAUCUGGAUCGCUCUACACCGUUAAUUGCGGACGCCGAUACUGGCUUUGGAGGCUCUUUGAUGGUUCACCGUACGGUCACCGAAUACAUUCGCGCGGGAGUUGCGGCGCUGCACCUUGAAGACCAGCCUACCACCAAGCGCUGUGGACAUCUUCGUAAUAAACAACUGGUCACCGAGGAGGAAUAUCAUUCUCGUGUCCGUGCAGCCGUGAAUGCUCGCAAGCAAUCGGGAGGUGAUAUUGUGUUAAUUGCGCGAACAGAUGCUCUGGCAACUUUGGGCUAUAAUGAAGCUGUCUCGCGGCUAAAGGGUGCAAUCAAAUUGGGCAUGGACGUUGCCUUCCUAGAGGGUGUAACCACCAAAGAGCAAGCAAAACAGGUUUGCGAGGACCUUAAACCCACCCCAGUCCUCUUCAAUGCUGUCACUGGAGGGAUGUCCCCCGAUCUGUCGGUUGCGGAGGCCCAAGAGCUGGGAUUCCGGUUGAUGGUCUUCCCAGGAUUUGCGUUGGGUCCCGUGUAUGCCGCCGUUAGUCAGGCAGCAAAGCAUCUCAAGGAAACUGGGGCACCGGCAGGAUCUGGUGGAGGUAGUCCAAGAGACCUCUUCAAUGUCGUCGGGUUGAGAGAGGCCAUGACGUUAGAUAUCGCCUCCGGUGGUGGUCAGUUUGACCAGGGCGUUUAG